GAGACGCCGAGAAUCUCGCCGACAUUUUUACACGGCAUCAUCAGAGCUGACGUGGGGACUACGUGUGCAGCGGCACGGCACAGGCCAUCCACUCCUACCGUAAUCAGUGACGAGUCCGACUACGUAAAAACCUCGUCCAAUGACCAUGGAAACUGUGGUGGCCUCUCAGCAGGAUGGGAGUGUAAAUGAUUCUUUGUCUGACGGAGAAGCAAUUAAGAUUCAGAACGAGUCUGCCAGCUCUCCCAUUUCUUCUCUUACACAGGUGUCUGUAGGGGGCAGUGGAGGGGCCCCAGGGCCUGCAGCUGUGGCGGUGGUGCAGCUACCUGGCGGUCAGACCGUUCAGGUCCAGGGAGUCAUCCAGACACCCCAACCGUCUGUCAUUCAGUCUCCACAAAUUCAGACCAAUCAGGCAGCAGCAGGGGAGUCAGAAGAUGGAGAAAUGACAGAUUCUGUGAUAGACUGCCAGAAAAGAAGAGAGAUUCUCUCCCGACGGCCCUCUUACCGAAAAAUUCUGAACGAACUGUCAUCGGACACACCUGCCGUUCCCAAAAUCGAGGAGGAGAAAUCUGAGGAGGAAAUGGCUUCUACCAACAUCACCACCAUGUCCACACCCGCCUCCAUAUACCAAACCAGCUCAGGCCAGUACAUCGCUAUAACCCAGGGCGGGGCCAUCCAGAUCGCCAGCCCAGGGGGGGACGGGCUGCAGGGCCUGCAGACUCUCACCAUGUCCAAUUCGGGAGCGCCCCAGCCCGGCGCCACCAUCCUGCAGUAUGCCCCCCAGUCUGGGGACGGCCCCCAGCAGUUCUUCGUCCCAGGCAGCCAGGUGGUCGUCCAAGCUGCCACAGGAGACAUGCCCACCUACCAGAUCCGCACGCCCACCUCCACCCUGCCGCAGGGUGUGGUGAUGGCGGCGUCUCCGGCCGGCCUACACAGCCCACAGCAACACGCCGAGGAGACCACACGCAAGAGGGAGGUCCGGCUGAUGAAGAACAGGGAGGCAGCGCGGGAGUGCCGGCGGAAGAAGAAGGAGUAUGUGAAAUGUCUGGAGAACCGGGUGGCUGUGCUGGAGAACCAAAACAAGACCCUCAUAGAAGAGCUGAAAGCGCUGAAAGACAUUUACUGCCAUAAGGGCGAAUAACUGAGCCGGGCCUGAGUCCGACAGAUACAGACUGAUGCACAAGCACACAUAUGCUCACACACACACACAAGCACUCAUACACACACACACACACACAAGCACUCACACGCAUACACACACAAACGUGCAGACUCACACAUGUGCACACAUGCACACUGACACGCUCUCUCACACACACACACACACACACACACACACUGCCAUAAAGGGGCAUCUGGAGCAAAGGUUCUUGGUUUUUCAUUUAUAUUGUUAGUUUUUUCAGUUUCUUGCUUACUUUUGCCCGGUUGUCAUGACGACCGGGUGAAAGGUGUUCCCGAGCCGUGGGACGGUGAUGGGGCGGGGCCCUCUCUGUGCUCGGUGGGACGGUGAUGGGGCGGGGCCCUCUCUGUGCUCGGUGGGACGGUGAUGGGGCGGGGCCCUCUCUGUGCUCGGUGGGACGGUGCCGUAGAGCCCAUGGGACUGCCGGAGGAGGCGGGGCUACCUGCAGAACCUGCAGAAACAACUCAACACCGGGACCUGCAGCUCCAGGACCUGAGGGAUGUCUGACCUAACCCUCACCCUCACACACAGCUCUAACCCUCACCCUCACACACAGCCCUAACCCUCACCCUCACACACAGCCCUAACCCUCACCCUCACACACAGCCCUAACCCUCACCCUCACACACGGCCCUGUAUCGGACUCAUACUCACCCUCACACAUGGCCCUAACCCUCACCCUCACACAGCCCUAACCCUCACCCUUAGACGCAACCCUCACCUUUACACACGGCCCUCACCCUCACACAUGGCCCUAACCCUCACCCUCACACACAGCUCUAACCCUCACCCUCACACACGGCCCUGUAUCGGACUCAUACUCACCCUCACACACGGCCCUGUAUCAGACUCAUACUCACCCUCACACAUGGCCCUAACCCUCACCCUCACACAGCCCUAACCCUCACCCUCAGACACAACCCUCACCUUUACACACGGCCCUCACCCUCACACAUGGCCCUAACCCUCACCUUCACACAAGGCCUAACCCUCACCCUCAUAAACGGCCCUGUAUCAGACUCACACUCACCCUCAGCCCUGCUAAUGUGCCAGUGGGUCAGGUCUCACAGCUUCUGCCCCAUGGAGUCUAAAUGAGUCUCAGAUCUCUGAUUUGGCUCUAUAUGCAUUUUAUAUGAAAUUCCUAACUUCGGACUACUGAUGAUUUUUAAAGAAACGUCCCAGCGUGUGCUUUCAGGCCUAUGACACCAAGCUCUUGGCGCUGCUUAGACCGCUUCUGUCGGGCAUUGUUUGUUAUGCGUUACUUUUGCAAGUAUCCAAAAAGACCCAUAUUGCAAUACAGAACUGUCCAAAAAAGCUGAACUGCCCCAUAAACUUGUAUUAUUUUGCCUGUCAUAUGUUCUUUUGAUGUAAAUAUAGAGCUUUUAUGUGCAGAUGCUACACUGGUCCCAUGAGAGCGUGUCGAUGCUUCGUGUGACUGACCAGGAGUAGCUGAACACCCCAAUCUUGUAAAUUACCAGCAGAUGUACCUCUGAGAGGAAGUUUUUUAUUAAAUUUGUUAUUGGCUGUUAAAUAUUUAUUUGUUUGUUUUUGGUUGCCAUUUGAAGAGUGUUCAUUUCAGGCACAUGUGAAUGGCUUUUGCUUGUUUAUUUUUUCAUUUUUUCCUGUGUGAAAGAGCGAGCUGUGCUGGCAGGAUUGGACUGGGAAUAAAAGAGCUGUGUUGAAGCAGACGAA